UGUUUUAUUUUUAGGAGUAAAAUGAGUGAACCAUUGAGGCUACUAAAAGUCAUUGUUGUGCAAGGGAAAAGACUAGUGAUCCGGGAUUUCAAGAGCAGUGAUCCUUAUGUUGUGGUCAAGCUGGGGAAUCAGACAUCAAAGACCAGGGUCAUUAAUUGCUGCUUGAAUCCUGUUUGGAAUGAAGAGCUGACUUUCACUAUGACAGAACCUUUGGGAGUUCUGAAUUUGGAAGUAUUUGAUAAAGAUUUUUUGAAGGCUGAUGACAAGAUGGGAAAUGCUUACUUGAACCUUCAACCAUUAGUCUCUGCAGCCAGAUUAAGAGAUAUUUUAGGGGUCUCCUCUGUUGAUACAACAUUGAGGAAGGUCAUACCGGAUAGUGAAAACUGUCUUGUGUGUGAAAGCAGUAUCAUUUGUGUUAAUGGUGAGGUGGUGCAGAAUGUUUGGUUAAGGCUUCGCGGAGUUGAGUCUGGGGAUCUAGAAUUGACGAUCAAGUUGAUCACUCCUGCUGCUUCCUCAUUAUAG